AAGUAAGAGGAUUAAUGAUGAGGCGGCUGACCCUGUUAAUAAUUUGCGGCUGCUUUAUUCCUCUAGGUAAAUGCGAAAAUAUUGUUGGAACAGAUGACGAGUUGCCAUGCGUCGGGGAUGAUUGUGUGACUGAUUAUGUCCCAAGCUUUGAAGAAAUUGACUUUGGCGAUCUUGAAGUCGAUUUUCAAGAUACUGGAGACGUACUUUUCCCGGACCUGAAUGAUUUCUCAGAUGAUCUCGGAGACCUUUCAAACACCGAUCUUAAUGAUUUGCCUGCUGUUCUAGGCGACCUUGAUGACAUUGAAACAGCUGAGCAUGCCGGCGAAAUGGGCACUAAUAUUGACAAUUUUUUUGAUCAACUGAACGCAAGAAUGUGUGAACUUGAUUCUAAGUUGGAAGAAAUCAAGAAUUCGUUUUCAUCAUCGUUGGAAACUCUUCGAUCAGUUACACAUGAUGGUAAAUGUGACGUUGAAUACUCUGGAAAAUGUUUCCACGUUGUCUGGAAAGAAUCCAAGGAUAUCACACAAGCUAAUGCGAGAACAAUUUGUGGAAACAUUGGUUGGGAUCUGGCAAACAUAUAUACCGAAGAGCAUUACAUCAAGAUUGCAGAAUAUUUACGGCUUCAAAUGUUUUUGAACCAGAUGAAUGGCGAUGUAUGGCUGGGAAUGAAGUUUGAUCCAAAGACAAAUGAAGUCCGAUCUGAAUCCAAUGCGCCAAUAGAUUUUUCUGAAGUAACCUGGCAUCCAUCCUUCCCAUCAUCUGAAUCGAAUGAAGAAAGCAUGGCUCUACGUAUUGCAAGAAAUAAUGAAGAGGAUCAAGGCAUAAUCAACGUUCAGGCUGGGUCACACCUGAGCGGUGCUUUAUGCGAACUAUAGGUUGACACGGUUUUGCAAAGCCCAGAUAAUUAACUUCCAAUCAAAAAACUAAAUUCUAACAUACAGUAGUGUAAAAAUGAAUUCGUAUAUGAUCGGAAUGAAUAAAUUUAUUCGUGAUUUUUGUGCCAUCGAACCAAUUUAUAUAACAUGACCCAAAGAAAUAUCAGGUUUAAUUUCUAAUGAAUUAAACUGAAACCAAUUUUUGUAAUCUCACUGUCAGUUGAAUAUCUGUCCGACAACUGUUUAUCCAUUAUCAACAUCUCUCUUUAUUUUAUUGGUUUAAUAUUCAAUAUGUUUUAUAUCUCGACCAGAAACCUCAAAUGAUAAAAAGCAAAAUUAUAUUUCAUACGAUUUCUUUUAGCAAAUUCCCAAUUUAAAUUAUCAUAUUCGGAAAAUAUAAG